AUGAAGGUCCCUGUCUCAGCUUUGGAGGGAUGCCUGGCCUCCUUUAUUGCAGCAGAUGAGAGAAGAACUAAAGCCAGCACACAGUUCUUUGCAGAUACAGGUCUUAUGGCCAUGCUGUGUCGUCAUGACCAUGUUCUCUGGCUAGUAAACAUGACUACUGCUGGAGAACGCCAAUACUAUGCUCUGGUAUUGAUAAAAAUGCUAUUUAUGAAUUUGCCUUUAUCAAUGACAGUUGGAAUUUUGUAUGACAUUGGAUGCCAGUUGGAGAGAUGUUGCCAAAUCUGGGGGUUUCUGGAGGAAUUCAUGGCAAGAAUCCUUUUUGCACUUGUGGUUUUCCAUGCAUAUGGUCACCAGUGGCCCUGCCAACUUGUUUAUCAUCCUCAUAAAUGUGAAGGGUUUGGCCUCUCAGAUGGUGAGGGUUGUGAACGUUUCUGGAGUGCUAUCAAGUUAUUAAUCCCUUCAAUGCGUGUGGCAGGGUUCUAUCAUUGGCUGUUUACCAUUGAUACUCAGGUCAAGCAUCUGGAUAAAAAGUCUUUCGAUAUGAUGGGUAAAUGGCUUCAACGCAAAUGGUUGACUUGCUUGGAAAGAAAAAUUGAGGCUGAAGAAAUUCUCAAUGAACUGGGGUUUGAAAUUUCUUUGCUUGAAAAUGAAUGGAAGCAGCAAGUGGCUGCACAGACCAAGCCCUUGGCACAACAAUCAAAGAAUAUUGCAAUUAUUGCAAUUAAGGAAAUUUUGGCAUUAUAUACUGCAAAGAAAAGUUUUGCAACAGAGUUGGGAGGGCUUGAUGACCAGCUAAUUUCAGGGGCCUAUGAGGAUGAUAUGUCAGUGGAAGAUGUUUUGGCUGCAUGUAAAGCAAUCAUGAAGAAGCAAGGUGUGAUUGAUGCAAAUAUAAAGACAAAGAAGAAAAGGCUUGGGGUGAAAGAUCAGGAUGAUUUGAGAAAGUUGAUGGGUAAUAAGUUUCUUCAAUUGAAACUUAAUGCCAGGGCACUUAAGCAAAGACUCAGAGAUCAUUUGAGAAAUCGUAAAUUUGAAUUGGAAAGGUUAGAGAGAGCAUAUCAACAAACAACUUCCAAUGAGACUAAAUUACAUUCACAUGUCCAGAAACAAAUUAAUAGGCAGCAACCAACAAUUGCUAGAUUGGCAAAGAAGUACAAUGACAUGUGCUAUGAUAUGACAAAGCAAAUCCAGGAGGGAAAGGCCUCUGGUAAUUCUAUAGCCCCAGUGCCAAUAAAUCAAGAGCAUUUAUUUGCUCUGGAUGUGGAUGAGCAUGAAAGUGAGAUUAUACCUGGCUGGCUUGGGAAUGAGAACAUUUGUGAAGGAAUCACAGCAAUGUUGAUAGCCAAGAGAUGUGCUGAAGAGAUGGCUAGAAUCAAACAAGAGCGAACAGCCUUGCAGGAGUGGUCAAGGGAGGAGUGGGAAGCUAUCAAUAUGGCCAUUGUUAUGUGUGAGGAUGAAGACAUUGAGCAUCAGUUGGUUAUCAGAAAGUCAAGACAUUUGAGUUUGUGUGCACAGUGGAGGGAACAGGUGUCUUUGAUUCCUGACACAUAUCCAAUGUUGAAAGGAUGGGGACCUGAUAUCAAGGAUAUGGAUAGUGUUUGA